AUGAACAGCGUACUGUCGACGUUGACGUGGGGCACCUGGGAUGACUCUGAAUGGGGCCUCACAAAAGAUGCAACACCAGCCUUUAUCGCCACUGCUACUAUUCGCAAACUGCGUAGAAAGGGGCUGCAGGCGCCCAAAAACUCGCAGCUUUGGUUCGAGGAGCUACUGGAACGCGUAGAGGGCACAUCGUUCGGCUGCAGUAAAUCCUGCUAUCACUGCAACCCACUCAAGUGUCUGCACAUAUCGGAAAAGACUUGUAUUGAGAUACAACAAGAGGGCAUCCCCUGGGCGGAUCUACCGGACGGAAUCCACCCGCAAGAUGGCAAACUGCCAGCAGAGCGAGCAAGGAACAAGAGACAGCAAGUGGACAACCUCGCAGUUUUCUUGCGACGCAUUUUGAGGCCAGGCGAUGUGGUUGUGGAGUUCUGCGCAGGGUCUGGAUACGUGGCACUACCGCUUGCUUGUCUCUUUCCACAGUGCAAAUUUGUCCUGCUUGACAAGAAGGAGCCUUCACUUGCAAUCGCUAAGGAGCGUAUUGCUGCUGCCCAGUUGACCAACGUGGAGAUUUUCUGCGGCUUCAUCGAUGACUAUCAUAAGCCGUUCGAUGUGGGUAUUGCACUCCACGCUUGCGGGGAGGCCACCGAUAUGGUGAUGCAGAAAUGCCUCGCGGAACGAGCCGCCUACGUGCUAGCUCCGUGUUGUGUCGGCAAAAUCAAGCUAAGCGAGCUGUCUUACCCUCGUUCUGCCGCCUUGGCUGCUGAGCUCUCACGCACCGAGUACGAAGUGCUAGCGAAGGCUGCAGACUUCGGUCACUCGAGCAACACUACUGUGGCGCACAGCGACAUUAAUCGUAGACGUCGACGCUGCAAGACGCUCCUUGAGAGUGAUCGCAACAUGCGUGCAGAGGAGGCGCAGUACGACACGUCCAUGUUUGUUAUGUACCCGCCUACUGCCACGCCAAAGAACGACGUACUGGUGGGAAUACCACGAAAUCUCACGGCCGAGCAAGGCGACAGACUGUUCCAACUCGAGUGCGAGGCUGUUCUAUCGACGGACGCACUGGUACGCAAAGCAAUGCUCGGCGCAUAG